AGGACUAACUGUUCUCUCUCUCUCCUCUAGGGGAAGACCGCAGAAUCUGAGGCCAUGUCCCAUGAAAAGAGUUUCUUAGUGUCUGCGGACAGCUAUCCUCCCCCCAACCCUGGAUAUCCUUGGGGCCCCCAGCCCUCCAUGCCUCCCUACCCUGGGGCCCCUUACCCACAGCCCCCAUUCCAGCCUUCCCCCUAUGGCCAACCAGGGUAUCCCCAGGGCCCCAGCUCCUAUCCCCAAGGGGGCUACCCUCAGGACCCCUAUCCCCCAGGAGGCUACCCUCAGGGCCCCUACCCCCAAGGGGGCUACCCUCAGGGGCCAUAUCCGCAGAGCCCCUUUCCCCCCAACCCCUAUGGACAACCACAGGCCUUCCCGGCACAGGACCUUGGCUCACCUCAGCAUGGGACCUACCACGAGGAGGGGCCCCCAUCCUACUACGACAACCAGGACUUCCCUGCCACCAACUGGGAUGACAAGAGCAUCCGCCAGGCCUUCAUCCGGAAGGUGUUCCUGGUGCUGACCCUGCAGCUGUCCGUGACUCUGUCCACCGUAGCUGUGUUCACCUUCGUCGGGAAGGUGAAGGGCUUUGUCCGGGAGAAUGUCUGGACCUACUAUGUCUCCUACGCCGUCUUCUUCAUCUCCCUCAUUGUCCUUAGCUGCUGUGGAGACUUCCGGCGAAAGCACCCCUGGAAUCUCGUUGCACUGUCCAUCCUGACCGUCAGUCUGUCCUACAUGGUGGGCAUGAUUGCCAGCUUCUAUGACACCGAGGCAGUCAUCAUGGCCGUAGGCAUCACCACGACUGUCUGCUUCACAGUGGUCAUCUUCUCCAUGCAGACGCGCUACGACUUUACCUCGUGCAUGGGCGUGCUCCUGGUGAGCAUGGUGGUGCUGAUCAUCUUUGCCAUCCUGUGCAUCUUCAUCCGGAACCGCAUCCUGGAGAUUGUGUAUGCCUCGCUCGGCGCUCUGCUCUUCACCUGCUUCCUGGCAGUGGACACCCAGCUGCUGCUGGGGAACAAGCAGCUGUCCCUGAGCCCGGAGGAGUAUGUGUUCGCCGCAUUGAACCUGUAUACAGACAUCAUCAACAUUUUCCUGUACAUCCUCACUAUCAUUGGCCGCGCCAAGGAGUAGCCCGAGCCCCUGGCUCACGCGGGGCCCCACUGGGGUGGCGCCCUUGUCCUGGACCCUGUCCCUGAUGUGGCCGUUCCUCGGUACCUCCCCUCUCUGAUACCCGUGCACAGCCUGGGACAGAGGGAACCCCUCUCCAACCCUCCUGUGUGUAUACUGCAGAUGCCUCUGUUCAGACCCGCUGUGGCCAGCAUGGCCCCUCCUAGCCCUCCCACCCCGCCAAAGGGU